CGUACGUCUGCGUCGUGACGUCGCGGAGGGCGGAAGUGGCCGCGGUGGACAUGGCGGCGGGGUGCUGCGCGCAUGGAACGAGUGUGUGUCGCGUGUCGUCGGCCACGGAGGACAGAGAGGGACAAAGGGCUCGGUCUCCCUUGGACCGGCCGGGUUCGCGAAUGACCGUGUGACGCCGACGGAGCCCGGGGAGACGUGACGUCGGCCCGCGAGCUAACGGCUAACGGGCUAACGGCUAACAGGCAGCGGGGGAAGGUAGGCGGUCCAAAGGGCAAGCGCACUAGUCCGGUCUAGUGAUGAUAUGUCUCAUCUUCCGUUGAUCAACAUCUCCCUGAAAGUAUCACCAGUGAACAGGCUGCCACGCGGAAGCUCCGUCGGUCGUCCGUGGAGCUGAGCAGUGAAUUGAACAGUGUGAGCACUUACUGAGUAUUGGAUCGUAAUCGAUAUUGAGACAACUCAUGACGCACAUCCUCUCGAGGUACUCAACACGAUCAACACGCAUCCCAUUGGAGGGGGUCACAUGUUUUAACCUGUUCCGUUCAUGGCCACGUUUUCGACGUGGACUUUAACCGCGAUGCACAGGUCACCGCUCAAGUGGGUCCAACAUAGUAUCAGUGGGGGUUUUUUGUGAAAGGAAAAGAAGUUUUUUCGAGUCGAUAUGAAUUCUGAGCAAGAAUUGUUGAAGAUUUGUGACAACACGUCUCGUCCAGUCACGCAGCAGCAGCAGCAGCGGCAGCAGCAGCAGCAGCAGCCAUGGCUCAGGCCGGAGCUCACCUGACCUCCACCGCUGGGAAUGAGCAGCCGUCAGUGUUUGAGGUCCUGGCACAGGAGUCUCUGAUGGCGGCGCUCAAACCAGCACUGAGACACGCUGUCAAGGUUCUGGCAGAGUCCAACCCGUCCCGCUUUGGCUUUCUGUGGCGACGCUUUGAUGAGCUCUACCUGCUGCUGGACCUGCUGCUACAGAACCACUUCCUGUCUCACUGCAGCGCCUCCUUCUCCGAGAACUUUUACGGCAUGAAAAGAGUUACGGCAGGGCGGGGGCUCCCUGUCCACCUGGGGCUGCACGGGAAGUCACACUGGCGGUCCCUCCUCCUUCUUUGUUUGGUGCCAUACCUGCGGACCAAGCUGGAGGCGACGCUGGCACAGCAGAGGGAUGAGGAGGACUUCUCCAUCCAGCUGGCGCGCACCAGGACUCAGAGGCUGUACCGGGCGGCCGUGGCGGCGUACCCGUACGUCAGCUCAGCCUGGCAGGCCUGGGUCUUCUGCCAGCAGCUGCUCUUUAUCUUCGGAGCGUCCAAGACCCAUAGUCCUCUGCUGUGGCUGGCCAGGGUGAGACUGGCUCGACUUAAUGCCCGAGACAUCAAAGACAUGGAGCUGAAGACCAGCAACACUGACAACCUCGCUGACAAGAGCCUGGUGCAGAGAGCGUGGUGGUUGAUGUCACAAGCAGCGAGGGGCGUGGCCGUCUCCCUCUCCACCUCCCUCUCCCUGGGUGUCUUCUUCCUGCAGUUCCUGGAGUGGUGGUACUCCUCAGACAACCAGAGCACCUUGAAAACUCUCGCCUCCCUGCCUGCUCCUCCGCCCCCCCUCCACCUGAAGGAGGAGUGCGGCGGAGGGGAGUCUCGAUCCAUCUCGGCCAAGUCCGGGGGAGAAACUCAGCCGGGCCCUGGCGGCAGGAACUGCCCUCUGUGCCGAAGGCUCUGUACGAACACCACAGUGCUGUCCACCUCUGGCUUUGUGUUCUGUUACCGCUGCAUCUACAUGUAUGUGAAGGCCAACCACCGCUGCCCGGUCACCGGAUAUCCCACUGAACUGCAGCACCUCAUCAAGAUAUACUCACCGGAGAGCUAGACCAACGCGAUGGCAUGCGUGGAAUUUCCGACCUUUUCCGCACCUUUUUGACGGAAACAGCGGCCUUGUUUGUGAAACGCUGAGUCAGUUGGUGUCCCUCUGCGACCUCACGCUCAAUGUUAACAAGCUGCGGGAUGAGAACAUUGUUUCACUAUUGAUGAAAGAGACUUUUGCUAUGUGCUUUUUGUAAUUCAGUUUCAUAAUUAAUAUUUUAAAAUUAAAUAAUACAUUUUAAUGGUA